AUGGAGGAUGACUUGCCGGCGGACGAAGGGAUCCGUUUCCGGAAAAUUCGAGCUGUGGUUGGCACUGAUAGUGAAGGGAGUGAAUUGGAGUCGGGUGCGCGCUCGAGCCAGGAAGAGGAAGAGAGUUGCGAAGUUUGGAAAGAACGCGAAACUCCAGACAUGUCGUUCGGAUUUUGGAAUUACUUGUGGAGUGAACUGAUAAGGGGAUACUCGCUGGAUAACGACGAGUCGCGCUACACCGAGAAGCAGAAGAAAAUCAAUGCGUUCCUGAGGAUACCGAUCGAAUUGGAGAAAUUCCUCUUCUACGGCAUACUGCAGUGUCUGGAAGCGUUUUGCCACCUCUCCACUUUUCUGCCAAUUCGUCUUCUGAUGUCAAUUUUUGGUUCAUUAUUGUGUAUAAGGAAAUGGACGGCAUCAAAUACUUGUGAUUUUUUAAAAGCCUUUAUAGUGGCUGUUUGUUCGUAUCUGAUGACAUUGAUCGACACAUCAGUGAUGUACCAUCAGGUUCGCGGGCAGGGUGUGAUCAAGCUUUAUAUUUUUUACAACAUGCUGGAAGUUGCUGACAAAUUAUUCAGCAGUUUUGGUCAGGAUAUUUUUGAUGCAUUAUUUUGGUCCAGCACACGGAAAUCAUCGAGCUGUGUACGCAUGCUUGCACAUUUAUUUAUUGCAAUCAUAUAUACGUGGCUACAUACAAUUUUAGUUUUAUUGCAGGCAACAACGUUAAACGUAGCGUUCAAUUCGCAUACCCAAGCGCUGCUUGCUAUAAUGAUGUCCAAUAAUUUUGUGGAACUCAAAGGAUCAGUUUUCAAAAAGUUUGCUAAGGCAAAUCUCUUUCAAAUGUCGUGCAGUGACGUUCGUGAGCGCUUCCAUAUCUUCACUUUAUUGUUAGUGGUGGUCGUGCGAAAUAUGAUGGCUGUGAAUUGGAAAUUUGAUCAUUUUACGGAGAUGUUGCCAGACCUUGUUUGUCCGCUUCUGUUAAUUUUUAUGGUUUUUCUAAAAAUACAUAAAACGGAAGGCAUGCAUCUCCUCCAAUAUUUAAUUUUUCAAACUUUGUAA